AUGUCUGGAUCUAUACCGUUCUACCAGAAGCACCAUCGCAGCUAUGACCGUGGCUACCGCAGCAGGGAAACACAAUCCAAACUGAGCCAGUACCAGGCCAGCAGCAGCAGCAGCAGCAGAUAUGCAGCCGGCAGCAGCUCUUCUGCCAGCAGCUUUAGCAGGGGGUAAGGAAGGGGACGAGGACCAAACCUUGUUACAGGAAAGCCCUUCUGCUUCCCUUAACCCCAACCCAACUGAUCAGGUUCACCUCCAGCACUUUUGGAUCACUUCCCCAUCACAGCUUUGGGAUCAUCUUUCCUGCUUUGCCGCCAUAUUGACACCAAAGUAACCAUCACGCUCAUCUGAGUCCUCUUUCACUUUGAUCAUCUACCUGCGGAUCAUUUCUCUGUCUAUCUGCUUCAAGUCCUGCAUGAAGCUUUUUGCAUGUUAGCCCAUGGAUUCCCUGUUUGUUUUUAUGCAUGCUUGAAAACUCUUACCUGUAACAUACACAUUCAUAAACAACUAAAAUGACCAGAAGGAGUUACUUGUUGGAGCCCAGAACUUUUUUAUUGGAUAACUUGAAAUUAAAUCUAUAGUUAUGUAAUAGUGGAGUUAAUGUAUACGGCCUGGACUGAAAUAGAAUUUUGACCUGUGCAUACCAUACCAGAGGGAAAGCAAGUACAGAAAUUUGAGCCCCUGUGUUGUUGGUUUACUUUCUUUAAAAAUUGUAAAAUUCCUGCAAAACUAUAUAUUUUUUUCUCUCAGAGAAUUGUGCUAUCUCUGUUGGAUGCCUUCGCCAGUUGUGUAGUGUUAAAGAUAGGUAUUUGGGUCAAGUAUGAUUUGGAUAGUGUAUGUCUCUGUUAUUCUAGAUUACAGUACAAGUACAAAGCAUACAUUUUGUAAUCAAGGCAUAUAUUAGUUUUUAAUAUUUUGCAUACAUUUUUACAAAAGCCCUAUAAGCAGACAUGCAUCCAUACAAUCUAAUAAUGCUGUUUUUCUGUCAUAAUGAGUCACUUUCAGCUGAUUUCGUAACAUUGAAAGUUUUUAAACUAGUUUUGACUUGGCUUACUUUUGUUGUUAUUGCGGGACAAUAAAAUUGGUUUAUCCAUAAUUCUAAAUAUCAAACUAUUUACAGAUAAUAAAGCUUGUUUUGAGUCUUUGGGGAUAGGAUGGUCACUACGAUAGGUCAGACCAAAACAUACUUUGCUGUUUUAUUACUAAUGAAGUAAGCUAAGCUUUUAUUUUAGUUCUUCUGAUUAUCAUUUGGGGUUUUCAUGCCUUUGUUUAGAACAGAGGAAGACAGACAGAGUAGAAAACCAGGACUAGAGAGUGGGGAAUGACAGGCCAAGGGUUGUGGUUGAACCCUGGCCCCCUUUAAGGACUCCAGUCUCUGUACAUGAGGUGCUCACUUUCAUUACUUGGGGUUGGCCACCAAGCGCUUCAGAGAUAAUGAGAUAAAUAAGAUGAGACCUGGAAAUUAAAAGAAAUUAAAAUAAAAAAUAAAAUGUAUGGAUGCAUGUCUACUUAAUGAAUGACAACAAUAAUGGUAGCUCCAACAAAUUUGGUUCAAGUUUGAAAUACUAAACCGUCAUAAUCUGGAUUCUCUUGUGAAUAUAUACAGUCUAGUUCCCCACAAUCAUUUGCUGCCAUGAUUUGUGUCAACUGUCUUAUUUUGGGAAUCAAAAAACAUUCAGUUCAUGCAGAUCCUAUCUUUUACAGAGCUUGGCAGGUCUUGGAAAUGCCGUGGCCUGUUGAGUGUGAACAGGUCAGAGGGCUUAGGGUUUAAUAACACUAUCCUUUCUUGGCCUUUACACUCACUACCGGGAAGAUUACAAAUCUGUGCUGCGGUAAGGAAAGAAGGAUCAAGACGUGUUGACUGAUUUAACAGACAGGGUGGUUAUGAUGAAGUUGUGACACAGAUACUUACGUAAUUAGGCAGACAUGACUGUUGGGUUUAUGGAGUUAUGAAACCAAGACUCUCUAUUCGAAUCUGUAAAGUGAAAACUGUUGAUCCUUGAAAGCUCUGUGGGUGUGAAUGAGCAGAGUCAGUGACCCAGAAAGACACAAGAAAAAUGAGGGCAGUUGGCCCGUCACCCUUCUGGCCCCUGCUCCCUUAUCAAGCUCUUGUUAUCUCUGAGUUCUAACCCUGGACUAUCUGAAAGCUGUAAAUAGCCAAUGGAAGUGGUCUCAGAGUUGUUCGGUUUAUAUAUGGGGGGUUUUGUUGUUUUUUUAGAUAAUUUCUUUCUCGUAUCAGAUGCUGUGUUGAUUAAAAAGUAGAUGUAGUGAAGCUGUUAUAAUGCUAAAUCAGCAAAACUAAACUCAUCUUCACUAUUUUUCCACUGAACCAUCAUUUAUAACUCAUCUACCCUCAUCCCCUUAUGUUAUUGUUAUGUUAUCAGUUGUACUGUCUGGGUAGCUGCCAGACUGAUGGUUUUCUGUAUGUCCCAGACUUAAAUUGUCCUCACAGUCUGGGCUGGAGGCGAGCAGACUGAGCCCCAUACCAAAGAGAGCCAAGCCAUCUUACUUGGCCGUCGAUAAAGAGAACCAAAUCAUCGGCUAUGUAGUGCCGAUCUUCAGGGGCAGGUAACGAACUUCUCACUGUGUAAAACUAGAACUUUGAGUAUGCUAAAGCUCUAUUAGGUUUAAUGAUACACUUUGUGCCCCAACUAUUUCCUCGGCUCAGUCAUGAGUUUGCCUCAGGACUUUCGGACACAGAGGAAGGAAGGGUGAGGGACACUGCUGCUUACAUGGCUCGCAGGGAUUUGUUCACCAGUGGGCUGGAGAUGGAGAGGUCAGAACUGAUCUCCAGGAGGGAGGCCAUGCGUGGAACAGCAGAGCGCAUCUCCCUGAACAAAAGGGUCAGUUUGGGAAUCAUGAGGUCAUAUCUCAAGAUGACGUAUAAUGUACACUGAAGUUACAUAAAAAGUGGAAGUAUCAUAGGUAGCGUUUGAAAUAUAAGUGUCCAGUGUUUGUUUUGAUGUGUACUUGACAUCCCCAACUUGACCCUGUUUUUAAAUCAAUCAGUGAUUUUAUUGAUCUAUCACCAAAUCAUAACAAAAGUCUUCUUAGGGAGCAAGAUAAACCUUCUCUUGACAGGCAGAAACCUCAGACAGGACCAGAUUCAUGGUGUACACUAAUUUACUGGGAUUAAAUCAGAUGCAGUGUAAGACUGCGAAGCACAACUAUGCCGUCUCUGCGUGUUAGCGCAACCGGGUAUAAUUAAGUACAGCUCUGCUAAGGAAGAUAAAGUGGCAGUGGCUAAGUGGUUACUACCACUCCGUACACAAGGGGGGAUAUUUAUGCCCCUUGGUAAUAAUAUGAAGUAGUACUCAUCCAUUCAUUAGGCAACAUAAAAGCCACUCUGACCCCCGUCACUGUACUUAUCUGUCCCCACUCUGCCAGAUAGACUUACUAAUGGGUGGCAAAUUCCUCAGAGGAUCAGGUUUCUCCAGACACAGAGAAGCAGUGUCCCAAAGGUGUUGUCAUAUUAUGUGCUAAGUAACUGGGUGCAAGACUAGAUUGGUCCUCAACACCCAUAACUAUUAUCGCACAUUAUGAACACUUAUAUUGUAUUGAGAUGUGUAUUUAUCAUGCAUGAGUAAAGCAAAUAAGGGGCAUUGGGAUGUUGUUGAAUUGUGAAUGUAAAAGCUUUGUUUGCUUCUGUCAUGCCUGAACUCAUGAGUUUUUGAGAAGGUGUUUAAAAUGGAGGAUGUUACCGCUCGCCUGCAUAAUUUUGUGCUCAAGAGCUGAUCUUUUUGUAGAUCCAUGAACACGAGGAACACUUUAAGCGCAUGAACGAAGACAGCCUGAUGCAUCCCCCGGAGUUUGUGAUUAAACCACGCUCCCACACCGUGUGGGAGAAGCAGUGUGUGAGGCUGCACUGCACCGUCAGCGGCUGGCCUGAUCCACGGGUCGUCUGGUAGGUCACGGACAUACAUCACUCAAACCCUCUUCCUCCUCUGUCUCCUUUACUUUCCACUUCUACCUUUUCAUGGCUUCAUUAUACUCCUCUUGAGCGCCUGUUUCAAGUUCUGUCUGUUCCCUUUGGUUCCUCUCUUUUCCUGUUUCUUUCCUCUUGCUAAAAGGUACAAAAACAAUGUGGCAAUUGACCCUCUUACCAGCCCUGGCAAGUAUAAACUUGAGAGCAGAUACAGCGUGCACUCACUGGAGAUUAACAAGUAGGUAUACUUUCUUCUAUACCCACAAAUCUCUCAAUGAAUUUUCUCAAAUAGGCUCUGACACACCUUGAGAUGAUACCAUGACUUCUGUAGCACCAAAGGGGACAUUUAAGAAAGUCCAGGAAUUUGCAUCUAGAUUGUGAAAACUUCAAAUUUUCUAUCACAACACAUUUUAGUGUCAAUUUCCGUAUUGUCCAGCACACAAUAGUCAAUUUCACGCACUUAGACCACCAACACCUGGUACAGAUGACAUCACCGGUGGGGUCUAUUUAUUACCAGAGUAUUCCUGGCCAGGAGUCAUGGAACGCCGCACAGUCAGGGCUCACAUAGUUGGUAUUAUUUACAUGGUUGAGAGGGCUGAAGUUGAGUAGUGGGGGAAGGGCACUGUACAUGUUAAUCCUUGCGGAGAAGAAUGUGUGUAUCAUGGACGUCGAUCAGCUGAUGCUCUCUCCUCUUUCAGAUGUGACUUUGAUGACACAGCGCAGUAUCGCGUCUCUGCGAUGAACUCCAACGGAGAGGAGUCUGCCUUCGCCUCUGUCGUUGUUAAGAGUAGGUGCCACUAUGUACUAAAAUCAUUACAAACCAAUACCCUUGAUUGAAACAGUGAUCUUGGCUGUAUUUUGGUCAGAAUAAACCACUACUAUCACUGUGUAAAACAUAAAGUAUCUUAUCACACUGUGCCUUAAAAUUGAAACCCUAAACGUACAGGUAACACUUUAUUUGACGCCUCACUCUAUAACGCAUUAUAAACAUAUUAAUAAUGUGUUAUAAUCACGUUAUAGCACUGUAUAACUAUAAUUAUAAACACUCAUAAAUGAUCAUAAUGUUUUAUAGCAAUAAUCAUAACACGUUAUAAAGAAUUUUAUCAUGAAUUACGAGGUCAGGUAUUAUAAUGUGUUAUAACAACACACUGACAAUGCCCACAUAGAUAAUGCAAUUCAACUGGUAACAGUUUUAACACAUUAUAAUACCUGACCUUGUAAGUCAUGAAAAAAUGCUUUAUAAUGUGUUUUUAUUAUUGCUAUAAAGCAUUAGUUAUAGUUAUACAGUGUUAUAACGUGAUUAUAAAGCAUUAUAAUCAUAUCUAUAAUGCUUUAUACAGAUAGAAGUCAAAUAAAGUGUUACCAAACUUUUGAAUGUUGUAGGCGAUAAAUUCUGUUACAUUAUAAAUGUCAUGCUUUGUUAGAGUAUAUAACAUUUGUAUUAAUCUGUGGUGUUCAUUUAUAGGGUUCAAAGGUGAAAUUGAUGAGAACCUUCCAGCACCUAGACGUAAGUUUGAAUUUACUAUUUACCUUUUCAGAUCUUUUUUCUCUUUGCUGUAUUUUAAAAAUAAAAUCAUGUUGAGAAAUUCAUUAUCAAAGACAAACAUAGACACAAGCUGAAUGACUCACUCAGUCGUUCAUAAUUUCCUUUUACAAAGUUGUUGAACAGUUGCAAAUACACACAUAAUGGCUUUGAUUCAGGGCUUUGUUUUUAUCCACAUGUGGAGUUAGUGUCAUGGAUUUACUCUCCUUUUAGCUCUGUUUUGGUCUCCACCCAUUCCUCGCCAUCAAGAUGAUGUUCGGCUCUCUUAAUUGGCUAGUUGCUUAAUUUGUCGGCUGCUGUUUGGAUCUGUGCAUGACCCAUGCUGCUGCUUUAACGGAGCCUUUAGUAAUGGAACCAAUUUAUAAAAGUGAUCAGAUUGGACAAAUUUUAUGGCUAAACAUGCAAAACAAUCAGCUUAAAGGCUGAAAGGCUCCAAAAGGCAGCUUUAAUGUAGUCAUUAUGCCUCCAUGUAAAGCUUUAAUUUGAUUAUGCAGAGUUAUGGAUUAUUACUGAGCUGCAGUGGUGAGUUGAAAGUGGAGGGUUGGGGCUGUAAAAAACAGCAGAAGCUAUUGCUAUUGCACUAACAACUUCUUUUUGUUCUUGAUGCUGAUGCUGCAAUGCAGGGGGCAGUUCUGAAGGUAAAAGGGUCACAGGACUCUGGUUUGAAACGUUUGGUGAACUUUCUGUCUACACUGAAUUUCUGUCCAUGCAUGGCCACUCGUGUCUGUGUGGAAAUGUGGGAUUCAAAGUCUCCUCUUUCUGUCGGCUAGCGUGGAAAAAUCGACAGAUUUUUCUGCAUCUUCAAUUUCGUUAUAUGUGCACCAACAACGUCACAAUUCUGUAAUGUUUACCCAAGUGUAUGUUCUCUUUCUGUGGAUGAACCGUGUAAGAUUUCCAUCUUCUAAAGAAGUCUAAUGUUGUCUGAUUCUUGGAAUAAGAGCAGUUUACAUAAAGAGAGAAAAGUUGAAAAAUACUGUUUGAUUUUUUAACUUUCAGAGUUAAUUUCUAGAUCUACUGUUAAUUGUCUGAAAUGCAUUAAUAGAUACUUUCUGCUAGUAUAACAACGAAAUUUGGAUAUUGAGUAUUUCUCUGUGUCUGAUGUGUAUCACUGUCUCCUGCAUGAACACAAGUCGUCACAUCUUUACACCUCUUUUUUUUAAGAGCACUGUUCUGCAGUUUUUGGAGUCACUCUGUCAGUGUGUAUCUGUCUGUUAUCACCUGUUUUUGAUCCAUCUUCUUCUCCUCAUAUUUUUCUGUCUGGCUGAAAUUUUUGGAUCCAGCUUCAUUGUAUGUUUUGUUUUGUUGUUUCGGUGGUUACAGUGCCACAUUGUGUCCCUCCGUCAAACCUGAAUACAUUAGCCUUUUGUCUCGUCUGACUCUGACUCAUUUCCCCCCAGAUGGCCCAGUGUCUGAGUAUGGCAUCAACUUCAAGACCCACAUCGUUGACAGUUUUGGUGUGUCAUUUGGGAGAGAGGGUGAGACGAUGAGUCUGGGAUGUACGGUCAUCAUUUACCCUGCUCUGCACCGCUAUCAGCCAGAGGUUCAGUGGUACAGAGACGGUAAGCAGACAAUGAGAAUCCAAAAUGCAUCAUCUGAUCUAAUAGAAAUACUCUUCUUAUCAUGAGGGACUCUCCACCUUUUCCCCAGAUGUUCUGCUGGCUCCUUCUAAAUGGAAUCACAUGCACUGGAGUGGAGAUCGUGCCACACUGACGCUCACACACCUCAACAAAGAGGAUGAGGGACUCUACACCCUGCGCGUCACCACCAAGUCUGGAUAUGAAACCUACUCACAAUACGUCUUUGUCAGAGGUGGGUGCUCCUGCCCUAAGAAAUGUUUUGUUGUUUUUGAUGACUUUCUAACAGUGGAAAAAGAUCUACUACCCUUUAUUCAUUUUAAAAGUUUAAACCUUUCAUUCACUUCGAAAACAGAUAUCUUCAUCUUCAACUUCAUUAUUAUCAUCUUGUGGGAAAUUUGGUUUAUAGCAGGCAUCAGCACAACAGUACACAAUACACAUACAAACAUAGAACAUACAGGCAUAGGGAAAAAUCCUGAGCACAAGUGAAAAAUAACGGCACUUAAAGAUAGCAAUACAGAGAGCCGUGAAGUAAUAAUCACCACAUUAAUCAUUUUGCACUGCAGACGCGGUAAUUCUUCUGCCUUAGAGUCUUGGUCUGAUUGCAUUUCCAUGAAGAAAUGAUCAUAAAUGUUGUUCCUUGAGCUGCGUCACCCCGCUCCGUACAAACAAGCGGCUGCUGGAAGAGAGUAGGUGAGUUGUGUUUAGUCUCGUUGCUACAGAAAUCAGGCAAAGCUAAAAAGAUGUUUGGUGGCUAGUACUUUGGCUAGGACCCUAUAUGUACUGUUGAUGAAGUUAGGUGCUGUUCUGAGCAUUAUUUGUGGCUAUAAAGUGGCGUUUUGGUUGAGGUUUUACUUUUACUGACCAUUACCUCAACACCGCCGUGUAUUGCUAAUUGAAUGGAGUCCUUAUUAACACAAACUUAGCCCGGUUUUGUUUUGUCAAGUGUGUCAUCAGAUAAAAGUCAAAGUCCAAACCGCAGUUCAUCCUGCACCUGACGACAGCGCUGCAUAUAAUAGUGAAAGUGUUUGUGGUUUUAAAUAGGUCCUCUCUAAUCGAGACACCAAAAACUGACGACUGUGUGAGUACAGUGGAAAAAGCGGUCAGUGGAGCUGAUCUCUGCUGCCUUCAAGAACAGUCCGACCUUUGAGGCUUUCACAAAUGUUAAGUAUGAACAUGCCAGAAAGAAGAUCCUGUUGUUCUCCUGAAGAGACCAGGUACAGCCUCCAAAACGAAAGGCUACAUGAGCCUGCCUACAGGAGGGCUAUUCUCAGUGAUCUCCGUAAUGGAAUAAGUCUGGCACUGAGCGUAGAUACUGUGAAUAUCUGCUUCAAGGAGAAACAAAAGGCUGUCUGGUUUGUUUACUUCACCUUUUACACAAUCACACUAAAAACACUCUCUGUCUGGUUUUCAUUUGUUUGAGUUGCUGUAUCUAAAGACAUCAGUUUUGUUUGUUUUUGAUCCACCUUGUUUCAAGAGGUUAAAUUGAUGCAUUCAGUUAGAAAACAAGUGAAGUAUGGCCUUAUUAUUUUCCAUAAAGACCACAUACACUGAAACAUUGCAACAGAAACCCAGCAGUCAGAUUGAACAUCAGUCAUCUAAAAAGGAUGUAAUAGAUCUAUUUUCAGAUGAAACAUAAUUUUGGUCAUUACUCUCAACUUUGUAAGAGAAUCUGAGAAUUUUACCAGUUCAACCCUGUGAACAAUGAAAGGAGACAUUCUCUACUAAUGCGGAGACGUUUUUACUGUUAUCCCAAUUAACCAGGAAACUACGCAGAUUUGCCACCCCACGUCCCCAGCUUUGGGGAUGAAAAGUCCUUGAUUUAAUAUAGCAACACAUACUUUCACAAUAUUUUAGCUUCUAUUUGAGCGUUUUUUUUAUCCUAUUUAUUCAAGCGUUGUUGAAAUGUAUCUUUAAAAAUUUUUGGUUCUAUGUUUUGCUGCUAGGAGGUAGAUGUCAGACGGGGUGAUGAACAACACGCUUUCUAAAGAGUAGGGGGAGAUUUUUUAGUAAGAAAACACCACUCACGCUUACCUACCUCAAAAUCAACAAAGAGAUAAGUACAUAGCUUUGGCCACAGGGGGCGCCACUAUAGGCAUUAACCAAAAGUUCCUCACAGGAGCUUUAAGGAAGACUAGAGGCGGCCUAACUUUGUGCAUAUAACUGUUUCCUGUGCAACUAAACUGACACUUUUACCAAUCUGUUCAGAAUCACUUCAGAGGUCAAGUGGUGACAAAAAACAGGUGACCUUGAGGAUUUAAAGGCAUCUAUAAAUAAAAUGAAUGGUUAUUAUUAUAAUCAUUAAAACAGAAAAGUAAUAAAACAUUCAGAUAUUUAAAUAUAUAAAAAAAUCUGUAUAAACUGGAAAAAUGGAUGAAAUCUGCAGGUUUGAAUUAGAUGUUUUUCAGAAGGCGUCUUGUGACCAUACACUUGAUGUCCCAGAACCCCCAUAGAGGUCCCAACCCCCACUUUAGAAACCGCUGUAUUGAGUUAAAAAAAGAUUCAAUCAACUUAGACAUAAGAUUGUCAUCCAGUACAUGUCUUACUUCAGUGUCCAUCUACAAAAGGCUCAAACUGUGUGAUGCAACUCUUCAUCUACAGUAUGAACAUAUGGUGCCCUGGCUUUACCUUCACUGUAUGUUUCUUUAAGAGUCACCUCUCUUAUCCCCUUUCACUCUGGGGCGGGCUGCUGCUAAAUCUGUCCGCCUCCUGCCGCCUCCUGCUCUCAGCUCGUGUUUGACUUGAAGAUCAGAAACAUUCUUGGCGUCAAUCUCUGCCGCAGCGACAGUUCAGCACAGGCCAUACUCAUUAAAGAAGAAACAGUUCAUCUUGAACAAAGCUUCUGCUUCAAUAAACUGUAGAUUUUAGCACUAAGUUUGUUGUCACUGUUUGUUCAAGAUGCUGAUGCUGAGGUUGAAGGAGCUCCAGGUGCCCCUCUGGAUGUGCGCUGUCUGGAAGUCAAUAAGGAUUACAUCAUUGUCACCUGGAAGCAGCCAGCCAUCGACCGUGGAGACCACAUCCUGGGCUACUUUGUGGACAGGUCAGCAAAUAUCUCUAACUUGAUUGUUUUUUUUCAUGUUUUUGUGUUUAAAGGAGGAAGCGCCAGGGAAAACCUGAAGUAAUAACUGAUGAUUUCUCUUGAGUUUGAAAGGUUUUUCGUGUUUGAUUUUCAACUCAACUUCAAAUAUCCCUCGGUAUCCCCCCUACAUUCUUUAUAGACUUUGACAUACUUGGAAAUAUAUAAAUAAAAAGCAGAAAUUCUCGACUUAUUUGACUAAUACUCAAAGAUGGGCAGCAGUAGCUCAGGAGGUAGAGCAAUCGUCCAGUAACCGGAAGGUUAGCGGUUUGAUUCCCCCCUAUCUCUGGUCUGUCCGUUGUGCAAGACACUAAACCCACCUUGCUCCCAGUGUGUGUCCUCCACUGGUGUAUGAAUGUAAGUGUUGUGUGGUGGUGGUUGGAGAGGCCGUAGGAGCAAACUUUUAGCCAUGUUUCCGUCGGUCUGCCCCAGGACAGCUGUGUCUACUAAGGUAGUUCACCACCACCAAGGUGUGACCGUGUGAGCGAACGAAUGAUGUAUCCAAUGUAAAGCACUUUGAGGGUCUCUGAUAAGGCACUAUAUGAAAUCUGAUGCAUUAUUUGUGAUUAUAGAUGUGAAGUUGGAACCAACCACUGGAUCCAGUGCAAUGACACCCCAGUUAAGUUUGCCCGUUUCCCCGUCACCGGCCUGGUGGAGGGCCGCUCUUACACCUUCCGCGUUCGUGCCGUCAACAAAAACGGGAUGAGCCGCCCAUCCAGAGUCUCUGAGCCUGUGGCUGCCAUGGACCCAGCUGAUCGUGCCCGCAUGAGAGGUACAGACAUACAAGAAAUCAUACAGUCACAUUAAAAUUUGAGCUUCCAUGAUGAUUAUUUACCUGUUGUCAGGUACCUCUGCUCCCUGGACUGGUCAGAUCAUCGUCACAGAGGAGGAGCCUGCAGGUAGAAUAUAUACCAGUCAUCUCACAUCUUUAAACUGUUGUAUUUCAGUCAAUCUUAUCCUGUUUGUUUGAACCACCAGAGAGCGUCGUUCCUGGCAGACCUCUUGAAUUGCAGGUGACAGAAGCGACCAAGAACUAUGUGGUGCUGAGCUGGAAACCACCCACAGGGAAAGGUCUUGAGGGUGUCAUGUACUAUGUGGAGAAGGUAACUCAUCUUGUUUUACAGCAGUCAGUAGAUAUUUGCACAACAAAAGCAGGAUUUGACUCUGGUUUCUUGGUUUGUCAGUGUGUCUCGGGCACAGACAGCUGGCAGAGGGUGAACACAGAGAUCCCGGUCAAGAGUCCUCGUUUUGCGCUGUUUGAUCUCGCCGAGGGCAAAUCUUACAGCUUCCGUGUCCGCUGCUGCAACUCUGCUGGCGUUGGCGAGCCAUCCGACCCCACUGAAGCCACCACUGUUGGAGACAAGCUUGGUAAGAAAACCAACAAAGACAGACUUCUUUACAGCAGUAUUGUUAAUUUUACUUGAAGUUGCUGGAAUAAAUGUGAAAAAUGUGCUUCAUAGAUAUCCCAUCAGCCCCAGGAAAAGUCAUCCCCACCAGAAACACAGACACAUCAGUGGUUGUGUCUUGGGAGGCGUCCCGUGACGCGACAGAGUUGGUGGGUUAUUACAUCGAGAGUAGUAUUGUAGACAGCAACGUGUGGGAGCCGUGCAACAACAAACCUGUAAAAGGAACCAGGUAGUUUAACUGAUUAUUAAAUAAAAGAAAAAUAUUAAUGACAAAUAUCACCUCUGACAUAUUAGAUCAAAUAUAUUUGCAGGUUCAUCUGCCACGGUCUGAUGACAGGAGAGAUGUACGUGUUCAGGGUGAGGGCCGUGAACGCAGCAGGGCUCAGCCAGUUCUCACCUGAGUCUGAGCCUGUAAAGGUGAAAGCAGCAAUUGGUGAGUGAAACCGAUGGUUCGAACUUUGAUCCCACUUUCUAAAGCGUAUUUAGAGUAGUCAGUUUGGUUUAAAGGAAAAAUACAACCUUUUAAUAUUGUUUAAAAAGAUCAGAUGUUGGUGUUGUGGUUUGCAUUUCAGAAUUUAUUUUGUCAUUAAGGGACUAAAUCCUGUUUUAAAAGACAUCAGUAUUAAUUUAAGUCUGUUUCAUGACCACAUGAAAACUCCUCACAGGAGCUUUAAGAUACCUGAUGAUACCAAAAAUGAGACCAUUAAACCAAUUUUUUAAAAUAACUAGCCUAAGAUAAUUAUAUUUUUUCAUUUCUAGCUUACAUAUUGCUGAUAGAUAUCAAUUUUCAAAGGCUGAUUAGUUAAAUAUAAAAAUAUCUCUAAUUGUAUUGUGGGACUUCUGGGAAUUGUUAGUCUGAAACCACCGACUAGACUUGAAGGCUCACUGUUAAAUGUGUUUGCUGAAAUGCACCCAACACCACAGACUGAUGAGUGGUUUAAAAGUUGUUGAGUUUAAAAAGUUUGUCUCUUUGUUAGAAAUAUUUGUUAAAAAUAAAAGAGCAGAUGUCUCUUGUUGGUAUUUUUGUUACCUGUUGUUUUAGGUCACCACUGUUGUCUUCAUGUCUUUAUACCAUCAGCAUCAGUUCUCCCACACGUUCUCCUCCGUGGUUCCACUCUGUCACCCUGUCCCGUUAUUUCGCACUUUUAUGUGCCUCCCUACCUCCCUUCCUCCCUCUCUCUCCUCCACCUCCCUGCACAGCCUGAGGCAGGGUCAGGGUCAGGACUUGUAGACUUCCUCUAAUUUGGGUCAGUGCGAUCCAAUUCAGCGGUUGUUACAAACCAGCCCAAUGUCACACACCACCACCACAACCACAACCACCCCCCCAUUUUCCCCCAUCUAUCCUGGGCACAAGAUGUGUCGGCAACCCCACUUGGUGCUAAAAGGUACCAACACGCUCCUCUCCCACCCCAACGGUUCCUGUAAACUGCUCCAAGUUUGUCUGUCCUAACCUCUUUGCUAACCUGCAGUGGAAUCGUCCUCUUUGACAGCUGACUGAAUUUUAGAUCAGAGUACAAACGUAUAAAGUGCUGCUAGAUCAGGUUAUGUUUGAGUUUAUUGGGUGGAUAACACUUGGCAAUGUCCAACAAUUGAUGAUGAAACCAAAUUAUUUAUGUUUAAAACAGUAGAAAUACUCAAGCUUAUUUGCGCGAGUAAAAUCAUUCGCGCGAAUAAAUUACAUGUUAAGUCAAUGCAAAGACGCAAUUAGACGCUCCUACUAUUCUGGUCGCACGAAUAACACGAAUUGAGCGGGAGCUGAAAAUGUCUCAACUUGAGCUGAUAUCCGUGUCGCAAUAACUUACUAGCAUGAAUGUUAAUGGGUGGGGUAUGAAAAUGGACAGUUAUUAACUGGUAUCUAAAAUGACAGAUAAACUGAUCGUGUCGUUGUGUUGGUGCCCCGAAUUAUGCGAUACCUUUCAAUUAUCAAAAUCGGAAUAAAAAGGAGCCGGCCUGGAGGCAAGUGAGUAAGGAGGUCAGAUUACCUGGUAAAUUGUAAAAAAAAAAAAAACCUUUGUCUAUCACUUGAUCCUGCCAUUUGAAUUGACGGUUGAAAUAACCGCAAAUUGACGCGCGAAUGAGGCGAGUAAAUACUAUUCAUUCAUGUGUCUAGAUUUGCGCAAAUUAAGCAGGUUGAUGAUUUUACUCACAUUUGGUGUGAGCGUCCCAUAACAAUUACCCUGUCUAAGAUUCCAAGCAAGUAUAUAAAAACAGAAUAUUCAGAACUUUGUUUCAUGGCAACAGUGAAGGAGGAUUCUAGAACACUGGAGCCAAAAAUAAAGGUGACACUCUCACUUUAAAUUAGAACUUAAGGAAUUAAACUUUAAAAACAGUUUCCUCCUGCACUCCUUUACAUGAUAGGAAGUCAAUAAAUGAUAAAAUACGACCAAAGAAAAACAUGGACUUUGUCACAUAGACCUAUCCUGCUGCUUAUAAUUACAAAUAUCUCUUUAUUUACAAUUCCCUGCAAGUGUUCCCUGACAAAUCUCAGUAUCAUGACUAACUCAACUCUCAGCCUCUGAAUGUCAUCAUUCACUGGCCAGCUUUGUGUUGAGCGGCAUGCUCUGUUUUCCCUGAUGAAAAACACAUAGUUUACAUGCCAAUGUGUUUCUCUGCCACGAACAUACAUGAACAUACUGAUAAUGUUCUUAGGAAACGGAAUCAAAAUACUUUUUAGUUUGUUAAACUUAAAUGAUUUUUAGGAGGUGAUGAAAUGCAUUGGCAUUAUUACUAAGGUAGAGUGUUUCUUCAUACAGGGUUGGCGCAAAGCCUGCACAUUCACACUCACUGGCUGACUCUUGUCUCUUGCAUGCGUCCUCUCAUAAUCUCACAUAAACUCACUUUCUCACACGGAUGUCACUCGUUGGUCAUCUUGUCUUCAUUUUUCACUCCUGGUCAGAUGAAGACAUUUUACUGUAUUUGAUAGGUAGAUGUACUGAAUAGUUUUGCUCUCUGCUUGUCUUUUUCUUGCUCUCUGACUGUUGUGUGAUUGAAAGCAGCUGUGAGUUGUAUGAAAGGAUUUUUUGCCUGUUUUAUUUUUUAAAAGCCUCUUUUUUGCUUUUUCUGCUAACUCCUGUAGGGGGCGGCAUCCCUCAUGGUGUGUUGCCGGAGAUGGGGCCGGGGGGUAACGUGGGCCAACUAACCGAGCACAGGCCACGCUGGACGGGCACGCAUGACACUGUCCAGUCCCCCCCUGACACUAAGCAAAAGUGCAAUAAAGCUCAGACUGACACUGAAUCCAGAGAGGGGGUCUGGGCUGCUCGCUCAGGCCCUUCAGGGCCAGACUCCGCAGAGAGUAAAAGCAAAAGGGGCAAGAGAGGCAGUGUGUCCUGGGCCCCUGACCUGGCCAAAGACCUGGUAUCAGAGUCUGUGUCAGACUCAGUUUCUGAUUCACUUACUGACAAAGGCACAGCUGCUCACUUAGACCCAGUCCCUGCACAGGUUCAGGAUCAGACAGUCAAUGAGCCUGAAAACAAGCAGGCACGUAAGUUCUCUGUAGACGCCUCAGGUAAUCGGGGGACAGCGAGACCCAGGAGGGAGUCUUCAGGUGAGCAAUGGACAGGGAUGGGAAACUUUCACCGACCAUGAAAAAAAAACACAAAAAGGAUCAGUUCAUUUAUUUUUACCCUGACCUCAGAAUUCAUCAUUCAUACGGCUGCUGUUUUCCUCUGACAAUACGCUCAGACUGAGUUAUUUUACUGUAUGAAGUUAAUCCAACAAGUCCCCAAAAUCAUUUCUGUGUGCUUCAUGGAAAUCUAAAAGGACAUUAGACUUUAUGCUAAAUUAAAACACCUACUUGUGACAGGACACACUAUUAAAAGACACACAGGGUUGGAGACAAACAGGGAAGAAGACAAAACAGCAGUCUGACAAUUAAAUCUGAAAUGAAGGAAACACAAGUGAGAAUUAUGGACAAAACGUAAAAUACAUCAGAGGGGAAUAACCAGCUCUCUCUUACCUGCACACACAGCUAGCAGUCCUGCCAUACGGCUACCAGGAUCAGACAAAGAGGGUAUAAUUGCCCACACCUGGCCUUAUAAGGACAGGAAGCAUUACCUGACCCUACCUACAGAGGGGAGUGUUUCCAGCCCUCAUAUACUGUUAGCUUAAAAAACUAUCAUUCUACAAUUAAGGUUUGCAUUCAACAACUUUUAAUAAAAUGUUAUCAAAGUUACAUCAUGAGCAGAUGUGUAGAUUACUUGCUUACAGUAUUGUGAGUUAGCUAACAUAUCAGCUAACUUCAGACUUUCUCAGAAAAAGUCAUUGACAAGCUCUUCUGGUGUUUUUCUCGUAAAGGUAAGUCACUGUAAAACACCACCAGACUUUGAAUUUAACACAAUCACGCUUGUCAAUCGUUACCACUUUACCACAACAACCCCCCACUCUGGGUGGCUCUGUCUUUGUCACUCGGCACCUCGGGAUCCUGCCAUCACACUGAGUUCCUGGAGCACUUAACACACACACACGCACACACACACACACAUACAGGUAUAACAUGGCAGGAGCCGCCUAAUCACACCCUGUUCUUGAAAAGUGGGUCAUCCAACCAACACAAGAGCAGGACACUUGUGACCUGAGACCUUUUAGGUACCAGUUAGACAUGCUCCUGGGAUAUAUCAAGUUCACAUGACCACUUCUAUGUAAUGAACCACAGAAUUAUCACCAUGUUAGCAGAGAUGUUUUGUGACUGCACUUUAAUGUCAAUAAACACAACAGAAGAAUAUGGAUAAUCAGGUUAAAGAGCCAUACUACAAUUGGAAAGUUAUAUCUGAGGGUUUAGGUUGCAAUUGUGUUGUGGGUUUGACAACUUUCUGUACUUAUCAUUGUCUUUUAAAUAAACACAAAUCACCAAAGACUUUUUCAAUCAGUGUUUUAAGAGUUUAAGUAAUGGGACACUAAAGCUUGGCUCCCUCAUGAGGCCACCGUGAACUCCUAAAAUGACCCAUUUUUAUGAGGAUUGAAGAAGAAUUGUUGGUAAAUAUUAGCAGCUGUCAAGAGGUGUAAAAACAUGCCAGGGAAUAAAGAGUUAUCACCUCUAAGCAGAGCUGCAGUUUCCCAUUACAUCAUCCCGUUCCCCAGCUGAUGGAUUAUGGUGUUAAUUGAGGUUUUCUGUCAUGUCAGCCUCUCCCACUCCACCCUAUGGCAUCACUGUGCUGGAGUGUGUGCGUGACUCAAUGGUGCUGGCCUGGAAACAGCCAACCUUCAUCGGCGGUGCUGACAUCACAGGAUACUUUGUGGAUUACCGUGAAGUCAUCGAUGGCGUGCCGGGGAAGUGGCACGAGGCCAACAUCAGGGCUGUGAGCGAGAGGGCCUACAGGGUAAGCAGAUAUUUAACUCCACCACUACGCUAAAAAAAGUGCUUCAGUUAAUUCCCAAGAGCUGAAGAGAAAAUUCACAAUUGUGUCUCCAGGUGUGUGACCUGAAGGAGAACAAGAAGUACCAGUUCCAGGUGAGGGCAGCCAACAUGGCAGGUGUCGGUAUCCCAUCACUGCCCAGUGACACCUUCCUGUGUGAGGAGUGGACCAUCGCUGUGCCAGGUGUGCUAACCCCAAAAAUCUUUUUAAUCCUCAGCAAAUAUGUCCUCAAAAUCAUAAUAUCAUUCAUGUUAAAGGUUUUUGAUCUUGCUAUGAAACCCCAACUAUGAUCAAACGUUGUGUUCUUUGUUAAAAUGAGAGAACACAAAUACCAGGGUGACUAAAAUGAAUGUUUUAAUGGCCUUAUUUCGUCUUUAGACAGCUGUUUUCUUUCUUCACAUAAAUCCUAGUUGUCACAUCCUGGUGCAAGUUUUAUCUUUAAUCCAGACAUUAGUUUAGUACAUCAGAAGAUCAGAUCAGAAUGCCCUUUAUUGUCAUUAUACUGGAGUACAAUGAGAUAGGAGAGCUUCUCCUUUUUCAGUGCAGUAGAGAAACAGAAUUAAAAGGUACGAUAAAAUAAAAUAGGUACAAAUAUAUACAAGUUAAAGAUUCUUUAGUGCAGUGCAAACAGUGCAAUAGUACGGUAAAUAAAUAUUAAGAAUAACAUAUAUAUUUGGACGUGACAUAUAUGAUAUAUACAUGGACAUUACAUAUCAUCACAUGAACACACAAACACAUUUUAUCUUUUUAUUCUAUUUUAUUUAACCAAAACUCACUCACUGAGUCUCUUUUUUGAGUGUGUCCAGCACAGCCUACAAAGUUUACAACAACCAUGACGCAGUUAUAAAUACGAACACAAUAAAAGCUCUGAUUACAACAGAUUAAAAACAUACAAUAACAAGGAAAACAAGCUGUUGACUAUCAUAGAACCAGAUGUGUUUGCCUUCAAGCUUCACUUUAAAAGCAUUCAUUGAGGAGAGUUUAAUGACUCAGGUCUAUUUGUGAUUAGAUUCAGUAAAGGAAGCUGCAAACUUAAAUACCUUUUCUCUCAGUGGGGAUCUGACCCUCAAAACUGACAGUAAGAAAAGUUCCUGUUCUUGUAACCAGUGUUUAAGUUUCCUGUAAACAAGAAGGUCCCAAAAAACAAACAAGGGUGUGAUGAAUCUCUCUGCUCAAUGAUGCACAGCGUCCAAAGCAUGAAAGAUAUCACUGUAGUCCAGCACAUGGAUGAUAUCACUUUAAAUUCUGUUUUUCAUAAGUCCUCAUAUCAUUUCUCUGUGUGAACAACAAGCAAAACUAAACUGACCCAUCUGUCGUCUCCGGUUUGUUUUCAAUGUGUUUCUGAUUCUGCUUUGGACCACAGGACCUCCUUAUGACCUGCAGAUCAGAGAGGUGCGAAGUGACUCCCUGGCGUUGCUAUGGAAACCACCUGUGUACCAGGGCCGUGACCCAGUCAACGGGUUCUACAUCGACAUCAAAGAGGCGGAUGCGCCCGAGGAGGCGUGGAGAGGAGUGAACACUAAGGCCACAGAGAAGAAAUACAUCAAGGUACCAACCUCUGACUGACGCCGUCCUCUUCGAGACUCAUGGACGUGUGUGUGUGUGUGUGUCCGUGUGUGUGUGUGGGUGUGUCUGAUCUGCUGUUUUUUUUCACAUCUCACAGAUAAAGAACCUGAAGGAAGCAGAGUCGUAUGUGUUCCGUGUGCGUGCUCAGAAUAAAGCCGGUGUUGGUAAAGUUUCAUCUGUCACAGAGCCGGUCCCAGCUGUGACCAAACCAGGUAGGAGUAAAAACAUGACGCCAGCGAUGAGUGGUGAGUCUGAGUGAAAGCAAAUAUUUCAACACUGCUGUUCCUUUCAGGCACAAAGGAGAUCGUUGUGGACGUCGAUGAUGACGGUGUCAUCUCCCUGAACUUUGAAUGCAGUGACUUGACCCCUGACUCCAAAUUCGUGUGGUCCAAGAACUACGAGGAAAUGUCAGACCUGUCCCGCAUGACCAUCGAGACCAAGGGGAACAAGUGAGGUCUCAUUAUGGCUGAAUUUGAAUCUCACUAAAUAUUCAUAUUCAUAACUUCUAAAACUGUGUUCCUCUGCAGAUCCAAAGCUGUUUUCAACGCUCCCGGAGAGGAGGACAUCGGUGUUUACUCUUGUAUCGUCACUCAUACUGAUGGUGCUUCAUCCAGCUACACUCUCUCUGAGGAAGGUAAGGUACAAGGACCUGGAAAAAAACAUGUUUGAGAAGAAAAUCCUGGAAAAUUAUGUCAACCUUUUGUGUUUUAUGUCUUGCACAGAGUUGAAGAGGUUGCUGGAGAUCAGCCACGACCACAAAUUCCCCAGUGAGUAUCUCAGCAUUUAUCUGUAAAAUCCAAUUUUUACUCUGUAAUUCUAAUAUACAGUUUAAAACAUAGAUAUACUUUUACUCCAAGUUUGUGCAACUAAUGUAAGAGGAUAAAAGGGGAACUCGUCUUUUUCACUGUUUUCAGUAAUCCCCCUGAAGUCAGAGCUGGCUGUGGAGCUGCAGGAAAAAGGAAAAGUUCGCUUCUGGCUGCAGGCAGAGAAGAUCUCAGCAAACGGCAAAGUGGAUUACGUCUUCAAUGACAACUCUCUCUCUCAGGGAGAGGUCAGUCAGAGAAAUCAAAACAAACUUACAAUUUAUUUGUCAAGAUUAAAAAUCCGUCUCAUCGUCUACAGUGAUGUGGUUUUAUUUGUUUCCCAGAAAUACAAGAUGAACUUCGAUAAAAACACCGGUGUGAUUGAGAUGACCAUGGACUCUCUGACUCCAGCAGAUGAGGGCACCUACACCUUCCAGAUGCAGGAUGGGAAAGCUACAAACCAGUCCAGUCUGGUCCUGAUAGGAGACGGUGUGUAGUUUGAUGAUUUCACCAUCGAGGGCAAAGUUUGAGGGAACUGAGAGAUGAUUUUAGGUCAAAAACUAAGGGGAUCAGUCGUUAGUAACUCCAUUAGAAACAAGGGUUAACUUCAAAACCUGUUCAGGAGGAGCAGUUAUGAUGCAGCACACAGCUCUGAACACUAGAGGGCGACAAAGCAUGUUAAAAGGACUCAAAGUAGGUUUCAUACGCACAGUUAAAUAACAAUAAACUCGAUGUUUUGGUGAAUUUCACUAGGAAAGAGAUAGAAAGGUGGAAAAUAGGUAAUAAGCAAAACUACAGGAGUCAAAACCCUGAUAUCACAAAGAAACAAAACAAAUAUAAAAGAAAUUUGUCUAAAAUAGACAUGAAAUAAUAAAGUAACAUCAACCUGUUAAAAAAAAGUAAAAUUGAAGAUCCUCUAUUUUAUUAACAUUUUAUUCCAACAUAGACCAAAAGAAAUACUACUUGGUUAUUUUACUUCAAUAUUUUCUUUACUCUUCUUGCUUUUUUAAUUUGAACUGUAUGAUCGUCGUGUUAAAAACUGUUUUUCUCUGUAGUUUUCAAGGAGCUGCAGAAGGAAUCAGAGUUCCAGAGGAAAGAGUGGUUCAGAAAGCAAGGUGAGCACCACAGUCCCAUUACCCUCCAAUACUGUGCAAUACAACACUUCAUAAUAUUGUGUGUAACUGUGCUUGAUAUAAUGGACUAUAUUUUGCCAGCAUAUGAUAUGAAAAUUAUAUUCAAUCUCAAAGGUAAUUUGCAGCAUUUCUCAUCCAAUAUACCUGUUAAUGUCAAGUGUGAAUGUUACUUUUACUUUCAUUUUCACUCUCAAAGUUGUUUUUUUUUUUCCAUCAUUACUCCAUAGAGCUACAUUAAGUAUCAGUUUUACUCUUAGUUUCCUUUACAUUGCAGUACACAAUCAAAAACUUUCAUCAUUGUAAAUUAUAAUCAUUCUUUUUUUGCUGGGCUUGAACUUGUUUUUAAUUUUGACACACUUUUAUUUGGCUUUUUAAGGCACUUGAAUACCUCAAAUAAACCUUUACUUUGAGCGCUGUUAUCAAACUUUAACUCUACUGUUGUUGAACUCUGACAAUUCAAGUUCUUCUAUAACUAUCUCACCUCAUCACCAAUGGAUUGAUGAUUUAAAAAAAGAGAUCUAAUCUAAUGAUUUACCUUAUAAAUGGUUUAAUAUCCUUCAAAAAGGGUUGUAAAAAGAUAAGGUCUUGUUUAUUUCAGCUUUAAUCUGAUUGGUUUAAACUCUUGUUUGCACUGAGUAUCAUUUUCAUCAUGAUUUCCAUUUUAUCAACUGUGCCCCAGGUCCCCACUUUAUCGAGUAUUUGGGUUAUGAGGUGACACCUGAGUGCUGCGUUGUGCUCAAAUGCAAGGUGAGAUAAAACUUUAAAGACUUUGCACUAUUUCAAAAGAAAUCACAGAGUUUGUCUUCGUCUCUAAACCUCCUGUACUUCAUUUUCAUUCAGGUGGGCAACAUGAAGAAGGAGACGACAGCGCUGUGGUACAAAGACGGACGUGAGAUCAAAUCAGACAACAAUCUGGGCUUCACUGAAGGGGUGCUCAAACUGGAGAUAGCUCAGGUGAGAAUAAGCAAGGGAAACUUCUACUAAGUGUAAAUUUAUGUGUGUUUAUAUGUUAAUAUAUCUGUUUCUCUCUGUGCCUUACACUUGUUGAAAUCAUUUGCAUAUGUGAAUGUAAACAGCGACUCCUAGCAAAAAAAAUAUAUGGAUCCUUCAGAGGAAUUAAGUAAGUUAAACCAAAGUGGACAAAAGAAAGUUGUUUGAUAUUAUUUUACUGAGAAACUUCUGGAUACAGAAUGAGCUCCAACUUUUUCAGGAAGCUGUCAUUAACUCCUUCUCCUGUCUUCUUCUGUUUUAGUGAUUGUUGUCUCCUAAAAACUUAUUUUCCUCCCUUUACCUCAUACUUCAUCCCCAUCCCACUGUUCUGUCUCUAAACGUCUGUCCGAGUGGCGUUCAGUCACAUGACAUCCAUCCAUUCGCUCUCACAUGUAUAAACUUGAUGUCACAUGUGUCCCAUUUCAGCGCGACUCCCCUGCAGACACAGCAGACUAUGCCGACAGCGUAAUCUGGAGAACACUAAAAGUUGGGAUCAGAUUUCUGUUGUCACCUUGGGCCGACGCCCACCUCUGGUUUUGUUGUUCUGCCUGCGAUUGCUCUCUGUUUGUCCGUCUGUUUCUGUUUGUCCGUCCGUUUGCUUUCUUGCUUUUACGUCUUAUAUAUAUAUAUACAGUAUGUGUGUGUUCUGCAGCACCCAUAGCAGAAGAGAAAAGUUUGACUUUUCUGAUCAGUUGAAAUCAUUUUCUUGUUUGGCGAGUCGUGUUGCGCCUGAAUCUGACCCUCCUGCUCUCUCUGUCAGAUUUCCAAGAAGGACUCUGGUGUUUACGAGGUGGUCCUGAAGGAUGACAGAGGGAAGGACACAUCCACUUUGAAUCUGACAGAUCAGGGUAAUCCCACUGAAUCCACAGGGAAGAAAACGACCACUUUUUGACUUGAGAGAAUAAAUCACUCAGCAUGAAUUGUCUCCUAUCCUCUCAGGUUUCAAAGACUUGAUGAAUGAAGUUUUCAGUUAUAUUGGUAAGAUAAGAUGAUCCCUUUGUUCAUCUUAAUUAAUCAUCUUACUGCAAAUAAAUCCUUGAAUCACCUCUUUGUGGUUUUUAUUUUCAUUCCAGCCAAUUCCUCCACUCCCCUGAAGAUCACAAGCACAGAUGAGGGCAUCCGACUCUACACCUUCGUCAGCUACUAUAAUGAUUUACUGCAGGUGACAUGGCACUACAAGUACGUUCUUAAUCCACCUUUCUAUCAAUGUGAACACGUAAACUUGUAGUCCUGUUUCCAUGUCACACAGCUGUCUUGUUUCUUGUCAGGGAUUCUGCCAUCGCCUUCUCUGACCGUAUCAAGAGCGGAGUGGUGGGAGAGCAGCUGUGGCUCCAGAUCAAAGAGCCCACAGAGAAAGACAUGGGCAAAUACGCCAUCGAGUUCAACGAUGGAAAAGGUGGCCUGAGGAGGACUGUUGAACUGUCUGGUCAAGGUGAGACCAUCAGGGAGUUUGUUACCUCCCUUCAAUCUUUUGCUUUUCUUCUCUUUUUGAUUCAGUGUCUCUUAUGAAAGCUGAAUCUCUUGCGCAACUUUGUUUGCCAAUAAACCAGACCCAGAUUCUCAUAAUCUCCUUUUGUUUCGCAGCAUUUGACGAUGCUUUCGCAGAAUUCCAGAGACUCAAGUAAGUCACACAACACAGCUCAAUGUGGCCACAGAAUAAAAACACAUGAAUAAAACCCACAGCUUUUUCACGAGGAAACACUUGUAGAAGAUUGACUCUAAACUUCCUCCUUUCUUUUUUUUACCUGCUCAGAGCUGCUGCCAUUGCAGAGAGAAGUAAGUGAUGUUUUAUUGGCGCUGUGUUUAUGUUUGCCGGAUUUAAACAGUCUUAAUAUAGUUAAUGCAACUUGUAUUUUAACUAAAACUAUUAAAAGGGAUCAUAGAAGAGAUCAUGUAUAAUGAGCAGGUUGUUGUAACAUACAGAACCAAUACAGGGUGAGCAGAGGGGUCUAGCUCAUCCUGCAGAAUACACAUUAUCCUGCUAAUUACAAGGUGUUAAAGUUGUGUUGUUGCUUUCUUUGACUUCAUAAAAUUUCUGAUUAUUUAAUAUUUCUAUUGUAAUUCACACUCUUUUUUCCAGAUCGUGCUCGAGUAGCGGGAGGCCUGCCUGAUGUGGUCACCAUACAGGAGGGCAAGGUAAACUUGACCAGUCACUCCACUGUAAGGUGACCAGAUUUCUGUAAUGAAAUUCGGGGACAUCCAGAGUGUGGGGGGGCAUCGGCUGCAUGAUCACAGAUAACCUCUUGGUACUACUUAGUGGCGGCGCACGCACCCCAUGAUAACCCCCGUAAAAACUGUUUUUUCAGGACUGCGUGCAAAAGUAGAACUCCUGUGAUUAGCUGCGGUGUCUGGCAAUCCGCAGCGGAAUGAAAAGAUGCCGGUGGAAAUUGACACAUGAACUUAGAUCGUUACGAUCGGCUGCGAUUGGAGGAUAUUGCCUUUUCGUAGCCGCUCUGGAUGUGGUGGAAAUUGGGGGUUACUCGUGCUUCCUAUCAACUCAGCUACCAUAAUAAUCGUUGUUCUAGUCUACACACAACAUUUUUGCUCUCAUUCAUGAAACGCUUAAAUCUGGGACAUUUCCCGGGACAGCUUUAGCCGAGGACAGGUCAUCCAAUACAGGGACUAGCCACAGAAAUCGGAGACAUCUGGUCAUCUACUGCUAUCUGCUCAAAAAUCUGUUUCUGUUGCUCCCUGGUGUCAUGGGUGUUGUUUUUGUUCUCUUUUCAGGCUCUAAAUCUCACCUGCAACAUUUCUGGCGACCCCGUGCCAGAGGUCACCUGGCUGAAGAACGACAGGGAGAUCACGUCCGAUGAUCACUGCAUCCUAAAGUUUGCAUCCGGCAAGUUUGCCAGCUUCACCGUGACUGGCGUGAACACGUCAGACUCUGGCAAGUACAGCAUCCUGGUGAAGAACAAGUACGGCACAGAGAGCGCGGACUUCACCGUAAGUGUCUUCAUCCCUGAAGAGGCGGGCGGCAAGAAAAAGUAAAAGCGGUCCAAAUCUUGUCGUAAAUAUGUAUAAAUGAAAAACGCUGGAAACAGUUCAGAAAAAAAAAGACUUGAGGAAUGUGUUAGAUGUUUUGUGUAGGAUAAAAAAUUAACUCUAGAGGUGCUGAAUCUGAAAUGAAAUGAGACACAGUUCAGAGAGAACAAACAACGUGUGAGUAUGAGUAAAAUUAUAGUAAGUGUGCAGUCAUUUGGUCCAAUGAAAACAGAUCUAAUCGAUCAUAAAAAUGUUAUUGGUAAUGUCUGUGUGUGGUUAUGGCCUGAAAAAAGCCAAACUAAGUUUACCUGGUUAGUUUCAUGAGAAAAAAUACAACAUAACUCAGCAGAAGUAACAAUUAUUCUGAAGGACUUUUAUUGAAAGAAUGUUAAUUUAAAUUAAAUAAUGAAGUUAGCACUGAAUGUCAGAUAUAAUGCCAAAUAAACAGUUGACAUGUUUUAUCCCAUUUAUCGAGAAUUUUGUGAACUUUGGAAAUUUCAAAAUAGUCAAUAUCACUAAAAUGAUCUGGGCAAAUUUCUAGUCUUUUAGUGCAAUUAAAUACGAUAGGGAAAGAAUUUUUAAGACUUGAAAUAUUGUCAAUAAAAACAGAAAAUGUGUUUAAACAAGACAAAUCAUAUCGAGGGCCAUAUGAUUUCAGUGUUACUCGCACAGGAUGGCCGAUAAGAUGAUGCUAAGUGAGUAUUUCGAAAAGUGUAACUCGAACAUUUCUCAAAACGUGACUCCAAAAAAGGCGGGAAAAAGCUGCUUAGAUAUUUUUGAGAAAUGUCUCGUUGUGAAUUGGAGCAAAUCAGAUUGUAAUAACUGAGCUUCAGAAGAGUCAGAAUACUUUUCUUCUUUUUUCUAAAGUGACUUUGAAAAAAACUUUCGAGAAAAUUACAUCAGAGUUCACAAAAUUUGUCACAAAAGGGCGAAAACAUGACGUUAAUGUGAUGUGCCAUUUCAUCAGAGUUUACAUGAAGUCCUGUUUUGUAAUAAUUCACCGUCAUUUGAAUGUUGUGAUCGUGAUCAUCACUUCCCUGACCUCCCUGUCUGUAGUGAACGCUGUCUGUGCACUGUCUGUGUCGUGACUCAUCAUUGUUACACAUCCCCUCAACAGUCCUCUAUUUAUGAUUACGAUGCCUCCUUUAUGUGUGAUAAUGUUGACGAUGAUGAUGCCACUGUAAUGAAGACUGUCAGAUCACACAGUUUUUACUGUUGCAUCACUUCCUGUUCCCCUGUUUCUCAAUGAGACUAAUAAAAAAACAAAGCAUGUAUCUCCCCACUUCCCUCUCCUUCUCUUCCUUCUGGUCUCACUUUGGUUUGAAACUUCACCGCUCACUCUCUGGUUUCAGUUCACUCCCAGUCACAACUCUUCUGUAGGUCUGGACAGCAUGAAGAUCGACCAGCAUGGACACAAACCCCUUCUCUACUGUCAUAAGUGGAAAAGAAAUUACACUAAAUGAACUCACCUCUAGACGACACCAACAGACAACAAACUUCACCUUGCCUGAUUGUUACGGAGAGAAAACUAAUGCACUGUCUGUUCACAAGCACAUGCAUCAACCACCCUGUUGUUCGGUCAAGUAGAUCCAAUGAUUUUACAGUAAUGAGCCUUAUUUUAUGAACAGAUGAACAAUAUUUACAGUACGUAUUAAUGUGUAAGGUGCAUGGUUUACACUUCUUCAUUCUGAUUCAAGUAUUUUUGGAUAGUCUGAAAAAAAUUCAAACAAAAUUGAGACAAAAUCUUCUCACAAUUUUGUUUACGUUCUGUGCCGAGAGUUAUAUAAUCUUCUACCUACACAGCAGAACAUGGCAGGUACAUAAAACUUAAUGUGGACCACAAAAGAUUGACAUCAAAAUCAAGGGCAGAAAAAAACAGGACCGACAGUCACAUCUUAGUGAAUCCAUGAAUUUUAGAAAUCUUGACACCAAACCCGAAGGCUUUUUAUCCACAUGCAGUCCCAGAUUUAAUAUCAAACAUUUUUGUGAUGACAUGGAUUGGUUUACCAUAUUUUGCUUUACUGGCUAAAUCACAGCUACCACAUUAGUAUCUAUUAUUAUGUUAUCAGAACAGAGGUCCUUACACACUGGGACCAAUGCAAAUAUACGAUGCGAAAUUACGAAAUAUUCGGAGGCUAAUUUUGACGCGCCUGACUAUACACAUCAAGCGCAAUGCGAUGCAACUUUCCGGGGGGGAAAGACACGUCCCGGGUGGAAGCAUGAAGACUGACACAACAGCAGACUGACUGUUUUUUCAGUUCUGUUCAGACACUAGUGUUGAAAUGUCUGUCUGUCAUGAUAGCAUGUACUGAGUCAGGGCCAGUACCAGAUAAGCACAUUAAACUAUAAUCCAUAAAUGUAAGGUAACAACCAAGACCGAAUGGUGCUUUGACAGCAACACGAUUGAGUUUGAGACAGUGAAAAUACAUAUGGUAUGUUGUAUCUGAACAGGUUAGCUUACGAGCUAAAGUUACUUAGCACAGAUGAAAGUUAAAACAAAGACGUUUAGCAAACUGUUAAAGCACGAAAACUAUUGUCAUAUGAGAGAUCUGACGCCGUGACUCUCUACAAGUUGUUCUUCAGGUUGUUAUCUUUGUAAUAUUUGUGUUUUUUUAUCAAAAAGCACUCUGUUCUCCAACACGUAAACAAUCAGCCGGUCGGCCAUGUUGGAUAUACCGGUGAAUCAGACGUCGCAACAACAUGAAAUCUGAUUGCUCAGGAGUGGACACACAGUAUGUGAAACUUUGGAAAACUUGACUGUGAUCCAAAAAAAAUAAAUGCAGCAAUAUCGCAGGAUGGGAAAACGUCGCUGAUGUGAACACUUGUAUUGACAGGAUAUUCGAAAAAAAAUAUUGACGUCUGAAAUAAUCGCACGAAAAAAAAAAACGCUCCCGGUGUGAAAGGACCUUUACAGAGUUUAAGCCAGAAGUGAACACUUAUAGUUCAUCACACUGGGUAGGAAAGAAUGAACACAACCCCUUCACAGAAGGACUUACUAUCUUCUACCCAUGUGAUAGAAAUAAUCACCAUUACUGGACUUAUGUAAAGGGGCUCUUUAUAUUCUUACUUCAGAUAACUCAGUAAGCCUUCUGGGUAAUUGAGAAUAUUGGGAAACCAGUUAUAGAGGCAACAACAAAUAAUAGUUUAGCAGGAAUCCAAAGAUAUUAAGAGUUUCAAGGGUAUUUGACAAUGACAGCAGAGCAUUUGGGGUAAAUGGCACCAAUUUCUACAGAGGAAACGUGGCUCCUAUUUGACAUGACCCCACGGACAAUCUGAAAUAUGGUAUAACAUUGGAAAAAAUACAGAAAAAUUUACUUAACUGAUAAUAAAAACAUGAUUAAUUGAUCAUGUGACAUUACAUUUCCUUGUGUGUUAGAUAAAUAAUUUGGAUAAUAUCUGCUGGAUGCAAUAUGAGCAUAAAAGUUGAUGCUACAGUAAAAUUAAUUUGGUUAUAAAUUAUUAUAUUUCUUAUAAAUCUAUCAUGAAAGUUUGUCAGGCUUUCUGGAUUAUGUUAUAUCUGACUUCUCUGAACUCUUCUGGUAAGUAGUGAACAUUGUUCCUUGAAUGAUGUGAUUAUAAUUAUUACAUUUUUUCGCAUGUUGAAAUCUAACUUUGGUGUUUUGAUCUCCUAGCUUGAGAUCAUUGAAGGAACACCUGACUUAGGAGUGACUUCUUAUUGGACCGAUGAAGAAGGUAACGUCAAGUUCGGCCCAAACACCCCAAAGGAAAGGAUGAAAACUCCAGGCUCUGAAACAAAAACUCAGAAACGAAAGGGUAAGAGGGGGCGAACAGAAAUGUGGGUUUAAUUUGCCCUCUGAGAUGCUGAAUCAUGUUGUGAUUUAACUUUUCUAACAGAAUCCGUGACUAAACCCCUCCCGAUGGAAAACAUUGAAGACAACAAAGACGCUGAACAGCAGGAAGAUAUAGAAAAGGUUCCUGUCGAUGCUGUUGAGGAACCCGAAGCUACAACUCCAGAACAAACAGGAGAUGCAGAAGAGGAAGUCGCUGAGCCUCUCCUCCUGUCUGCUGAACAAUCAGAGACCCCUGCCCAGCCUGGAGACACGGUGGAGGAGCGUGAGGCAGGAGCUGAAACUGCCUCAAACUAG